AUGAGAAUUAACAAAUGUUGGAUUUGUUCAAGUCAAGUUUACCCAGGCCACGGGAUAGUUUUUGUUAGAAAUGAUGCCAAAGUAUUUCGUUUCUGCCGUAGCAAAUGCCAUAGAAUCUUUAAAGCCAAACAUAACCCUCGUAAAAUUCGAUGGACUAAAGCCUUUAGACGAGCGGCUGGUAAAGAAAUGGUCAUGGACGGAUCACUUGAAGCUGAACAGCGUAGAAAUGUGCCUAUCAGAUAUGAUCGUUUAAUGUAUAUUAAAACAAUUGAAGCGAUAAAACGCACUAAUCGUAUUGAAGUGGCUAGAAAUAUUGUUAUGCGUAAAAGAUUAAGGGAAAAGGCACUAGCCAAACAUGCAUUACCUGUUCAAAAGGAACUUGAAAAACACAAAUCUCUCUUUUAUCGCCAGGAGCAAACCCAAAAAAUACCGAUAAAAUCAAAAACAGUAACUGCUUCAACUAAAAAGAUUAAAAUCAAGGAAAUUAGAAAGGGCUCUAAAAAAUUGAGAAAUGAUGGAAUGGAUCUGGACUAG